AUGGGCGCUACGGUCGAUCUCCAACUUGCCAUGUCAAUUUACUACAAAUCAACUGACGAUGUUGAUCGUGCCUGUGAGCAACUCCAGGAACGGCUUUACUAUUUAAAUUAUUUGAAACAUGAAUCGUGUGAACAAGACUUACGUGAUGCCGUUAAGCAUUCAUGUAUUGCAGCACGUUAUCAUUUUUUCGAUCCAGCUGGCCCACACUAUCAUGAAAUUUCAUUGAAAACACCGUUCGUCGGAAAUUAUUUUGCCUAUCCAUCCGCUGCGGAACUUACACAUCCCGAUGUGGUGGAAAAAAUGUUUAUGGAAGAUGACCAACAGUUCUUGAAAUAUUGUAUGGCACACAAUGGAUGGGUCAUGGAUGAUAAUCCGCUAAAAAAUUUUGCAGAAGAUGUAGAGCGACCGAAUGUUUAUUUUCGUCGUGAGUUAAACCAAUGGUCCGAUAUAAUAAAAUUACGUUUUGGGGCUAAAUGGGAAGAUUCGCCCAAUCUUUGGUCUUAUAUGAAAGAAUAUACACGUUUAAUUGCCACGACAUUUCACGGAGCGCGGUUGGACAACUGUCAUUCAACACCACUUCAUGUCGCACAAUACAUGAUGGACUAUGCUCGCACAAUCAAUCCAAACUUUUUUGUGCUUGGGGAAUUAUUUACAGGAAAACAAGAAUUAGAUAAUAUGUAUUGUAACAAACUAGGACUUAAUUCACUUGUCCGAGAAUCAUUAACAGCAUGGGAUACGUUCGAACUUGGUCGUCUUCUCUCUCACUACGGUUACGACACCAUGGGCUCGUUCUUCCACUUAUCCCCUAUUCAACCUCUCCUGCCUCGUAUAGCCCAUUCCUUUUUCUACGAUCAAACCCACGACAAUGUAUGCCCGAUUGAACGACAUUCGCUGCAAGACGUGUUGGCACGCGCUGCCAUUGUAUCCAUGGCUUGUAGUGCAAUAGGUACGAAUCGGGGGUAUGAUGAGCUUGUGCCACAUUACAUUGACGUUGUACAUGAAGUUCGAUUUUAUCAAACAAAAGUUCCAGAAGCAGGGUUGAUCAAAGCAAAAGUGAUUUUAAAUAAACUGCAUUAUGAAAUGAGUGUACAAAAAUAUGAACAAAUUCUAGCGGAUCAAUUAUCACCGAAUGUUCUCGGUAAGUUUUUUGCAAAAAGACUAGAUGCCCUUAACACUUGUUACUAAAAGCACUAUAGAUCAGCACUGAGGUUCGCCGUUGUAAAAAAAGUCGAAAGCAUGAAAAGUGCAUUUUGCUUUCAUGCAUUUGCUGCUUUUACUUCGUUUUUUUCUCAUACAACCUCGACAGAAACAUGAAAGAUUUUUCUUCAUUUCUUUUGCCUUUGUUUUAUCAGAAUACUCGAAUAUCACAAAGUUAUUUUCUUACUAUUUUUUUUUUUCCGAAGAUUCUUUUUUCGUGUUUUUUGAGCUUGAUUUGAGAAAAAGUCAAGACUUUUUCAACUCCUAUGGACUCUUAUGGAUUUCUCUCUAGAAGUCCCUGGUAAGCUCAACAAGAACCACUUUCUACAUAGAACGCAUCAAUUAAUAGCUAAUUUGUAGAUAAGCACGAUAACGACACAGUCAAGGACAAACAAUUAAUAUGACUUGAUCUAUGCUAAUCAUCGUUCAGACUUGUCUAGUGGAUCUCAUGCCUUUAGGAAAUACUUUCAGUGCGACUCCUCUCAUUGCUUUACAGGGAGAGGGCAAACGGAUAUAAGCAGGAGAUUUUUCUGCGGUACUGGUAGAGACAUGUAUUGCCAGUAAAAAAGAGAAUGAAUGAAUUCGGAUGUGUUUUGAAUAAAGUUUAACAGAGAAGUGGUACAGACUUGCGGUCUUCACCAACUGGAAGCCAAGACUUGACCGCAUCUUUUCAUCACGAAAGCCAUUUUGAACGUCUUCUUUCAAAGA